AGGCGGGAUUUGGUCUUGCUACUAAAAUAACUGCUUCCUGGCUCACACCAACACCAGAGAGAGAGAGCAGGCUGGAAGACACUAGACUGCCAUUGACCCUUAUUUUAGUAAACGUCAUCAUCUCGGCCCAAAUUACUGUUGAAUUACAACGUGUUGUGUGGGGAACACGAUGGGACACAACCAGUCCUCAAACGUGUGCAUUCCUCUUUCCAACAAAGAAGAGAAACUAAAGGGCGCCACAGAAGAUGCUACUCUGCAACCCCGUCCGGUGGCCAGCAGGCAGUACUACAAUCUUCCUAACAAUGGGGCCGGUGUGGAGAGACGAACGUCUGCUGCUCCGGUCAGCAUCAACGUGGAGUCGCCUCGCUUUCACCCCCACGCCAAAGGCAAGAAUAUCAGGCUGGAUGGGCAGCUUCGCCGGGCAACGCGCAAGAACAGCUUCUGUAACGGCAUCACUUUCAGCCACAGGCCUGUCCACCUCUACGAGAAGGUGCGUCUUCGCCUGAGUGGUGUGCACACUGGCUGGAGUGGAGCUCUGCGCUUUGGUUUUACCAGUUUGGACCCCAGCGACUUGGUCGCUACAGACAUCCCCAAGUACGCUUGCCCGGACCUGGUGACCCGGCCCGGCUACUGGGCCAAAGCGCUGCCUGAGAGACUGGCCUUGAGGGACAACGUGUUGUCAUUCUGGGCUGAUCGCCACGGAAGAGUUUUCUACAGCAUCAACGAAGGAGAGCCCAUCCUGUUCCAUUGUGGGCUCAGCAUCGGCUGUCCACUCUGGGCCAUCAUCGAUAUCUAUGGCAUCACUCAGGAGGUCACACUGCUCGAAAGCACGUUUGCUGAGAGUGUGGGAUCCAGCUGCCUCAGUGCGGCCCGUCUGAGUGCCUAUCUGCCCCAGAGCAGCCACGACUCAGCCAAUUACAGCAACAAUCAACUGGAGAACAACCAGGCUGCUGCUGCCAAGAUGGCCAACCUCCAGAUCAAUAACUACACACAGCUCAUACCCUGCUGCUCCUCCACCCCUUCCGCCUCCAUACUGUCCUCAUCUGCCUCCACUGGAUUCAGCACCCCGAGGAUGGUCCGGGGUCUUCCUCCUGCGCUGGACAAUGACUUGCACUUUCACCCCGUCCGUGGCUCUGAUGUAAUACUCUCUGCAGACCGCUCAGCAGCCUGCAUCCACUUUCUGGACAGCAGUCGGACUCUGGUAUUCAGUGACCGGCCGCUGCAUGUCGGCGAGACUUUGUACGUGGAAGUCGGCCACCUGGGCCUCCCCUACUUUGGGGCGCUGUUGUUUGGUUUAACAUCCUGUGACCCGGCUAGUCUACAUGCCGGAGACUUACCGGCAGACCCUGAAGUUCUCCUGGACCGUAAAGAGUACUGGGUAGUGCAUCGGGGCUUCCCCAUGCCUUGCUCUGGAGACGUGCUCAGCUUCAGUCUGCUGCCCAGCGGAGAGGUGCACCACGGUGUGAACGGAGUGGGACGUGGCCGGCUACUCUGUGUGGACUCGUCUCAGGUCCUGUGGGCCUUUUUCACCCUGCAUGGGGCUGUCAACAGACUCAGGAUACUCGGAACUCUGCAGUCCAGCCCUCCCUCCACAUCUGCCAGCACUUCUCAGAGCAGCAGUCCAGACGACAGUGACUCAGACCUGGCGUUCAGUGUCAACAGAUCUUCCUCUGCCUCUGAAUCAUCUCUGGUGACUGCUCCCAGCUCACCUCUCAGUCCCCCCAGUCUCUCCCACGCUCACCGCCUCAGAACUGCCCCUGCUGGAAAGAAUGGAGAAUGCACCAUUUGCUUCGACCAGGACGUGGACACAGUCAUCUACACCUGUGGACACAUGUGUCUGUGCAAUGACUGUGGGCUUAAGCUGAAGAGACAGAUCAAUGCGUGCUGUCCGAUAUGCAGGAGGCCCAUUAAAGAUGUAAUCAAGACAUACCGGCCAUGAUGGUCCAGGUGUUUAAACAAACAGCGGAUGUGACGCCACCUGUGUCUCCUUCUCAGGCUUGGUUAGACACGGAUCUUGGUCCCAAUUGGAGAUUAGCCACACCAGAACAUAAUUGUGCCUAUAUUUCCAUUUUAUAUCGGUGAAUCAUUUCGGGAGAUGCUCUUCAUACGCAGAGCUGUGGUGGAGCUCAUCUUAUUACAUGGACUGCUGCAGGAGCUCCUUUGUUUUGUCUGAAAAAGAGGAGAUGUCUCAUGUGCUCUUGUUUUGUAUUUUCAAUGUAUUUGCUGAAAUCCUGCUGUCAAUAUUUUGUCCCUCAACCCUAUUGUCUAGAUGUAUGUGUGCUUCAGCAGAAUAUGUGGACCGUAGUCUAUGACUUCUAGUGCCUUAGAUUUGUGUCACAUAGUGUGUCCAAGUAAUUAUGCUAACAAUCCUAGCCAUAUUAUCAAUGUACAGUAAUGAAAGCAUGUGGUGAAAAAGACACACGGAUACCGAAUGUAUGUAAUAGUAAGUGGAAAUAUCUAAGUGUAUGGUAAGUGUGUUCAGUGGCUUGCUUUCAGAAAAGUGUGCUUGGAAAGUACAACAUGAAGUAACUGGAUAUGCACUUUAAAAAAUAAAUAAACAUGGACUAAGUAUAAU